AAUCUUUUUGAGCACCGCCCGGGGACAGUGGUGACUGACAUCAGUUGGUUGGAGGUGCAGGCGACGGCGGCGCGGGGGGAAGGGGGAAUAUUUGCUGUCCAGUUUGGGGUUGGACUUGACUGUGUGAAGGUGGCCAUGGCAGCACUGCUGGUCCGGCCAGUGGCGAGCCAUGCGCCCCUGGGGAUGCUGGGUCGUUGGCUCGGGCCUCGCACCGUCUCGGCGACUCGUCACGUGCAGCUGGCUGCGGCUCAGCCACGGGCCGUGCCUUUUGCGAUAACCAAGGAAGAGGCAAAACAGGCUCUCAAAGCAUGGAUUCCUGCGUUGGCUUCGCAAAGCUGGGUGCGGCAACUGCAGGCUGCCGAGCCCGAGGUAGCAUACCUGCCGUUCUACGUUUUUAACGUCAAGGCACACAGUCGAUUCCAAGGGGACGUGGUACAGCGUCGCAAGCGAGCUGUCUUUGAUGCUGAGAAACAGGUCUAUGAACCCCGGGAUGCCGAGGAGCUUCGUUCCAUCAACGGGUGGCUUGACGCGGGCAUCUCGACUUAUGAUGGUAGCACACAUGACAUGCAAGUCUACGCUGGCUUUCGCUUCCGACGACAAUACGUCCAAGCUGUCAAGGGCAGCUAUGCUGCCACCGCCGAAGCCUUUCACUCUGCCAAGCAUUUGCAACCGCCAGCCGUCCUGGCAGCCAAGUCCUCAGAGCCCGAGACAACCAAUGCCUCAUAUGAAGCCACGGAAGCUGGGACCAGUCCUUCAAUUCCCACGUCAGCAACUGCCAGUCUGGAUUCUGAGAUUCCCGUCGUGCUGCCUUUUGAAAUGUUUCCCACUUUUGCCUGGGAGCUGGCCCGGACUCGGGUAGAAGCUGCCGAGCUCGCCAUGGCUGAGAGAUGCAUGCUGGCGCAGUAUGAUCAUGCGCUGCGAGUAGAGAAUAUCAAGAUCAAUACGGUCAUUCUGGACAGCAACGUCACGACCGUCUACCUGCCGGCGUUUAUCUUCCAUGCUCAAGUCGGCAAAAAUGCCGUGCGCGUCUUUGUCAACGGCGUGACCGGCGAGGUGGGCGGUGAAAAGGUGUAUUCUUCUGCCAUUUCUGGUACAGCCGCUGGCAUUGUCUCCGGCGCUCUCGCCGCGUCCAUCUUCCCGGAGCCAACGACGGAACAAUUGGCUGCUAGUCGCCGUCAGUCUGAGCUGGCACCAGAUGCGAAGGAAAACGAGUACUUGAUUUUGCACCAUGCUCAUGUCGAAGAGCAGGCCGUUGCCAAUGACAAGCACGCUCUGAAGGCCUUUGGCCACUUGCAUCCUGACUCAGAGGGCCAUUACGGCGCCUUGGGAUUGUCCGAUCGUGCUGGCCUUGCCACCACCAAUGAGAUCCGGAACGCCUUCCGACGGCUACUAUGGGCAGAGGGUGCCUGCAUUAACGCACGCGUGCAAGAUGCCUAUCGCGUUCUCCGCAACUACAAUACCCGCCUGGCGUACGAUCAAGCGUGUGCUGCUGCGGCCAAGGCAAGAGCCACCGCGACAGAUGCUGCUGCGGCUACUGCGGGGACCAACACACCCUCGUCCUCCCAAGCAGAAACCACUCCAACCCCAUAGAAAACGUUGCACGACGCCGGAUAAUACUCAUGAAUCAAACUAUCAAUAUGAGCCCAAAAAACACGUUCAACCAAUUCACAAUUUUACAAAGUCUU